AUGUCGACCACCUCUGCCUUGGAAUUCUCCAAUUUGCCUACCGAUGCAAUUGGGAAAAUCAUUGAGAAAUGUGAUCUCAAAGAGCAAUUGACUCUCCGAAAAGUGUCAAAAAACCUGCGUUCUCUCGUCGAUGAACAGAAAAUUGCAUACAAAUGGAUCGAGAUCGAUCCGUCAGAUUCGUAUAUCUCUUGUGUGUACAACGACAAAGAUAUUGUGUAUGCCAGCAAGAAUUGGGAUAAGAAUGGCAUGCCUAUCGAAAUCUCCAUUAUCAGUAACGAUGAUUACGUGAAAAUGGCUUUGAAUGAUUUGUCGAUUGCACUGAAUAAUCCAAAAUUGCGAUUGGAUGAGCUGGGCCUGAGAAUCUAUGACUCCCCUGAUGUAAUGAAUCGAUUCAGAUUGCUUCUGAAUAGUCUGAAUCAUCAAAUACACGUCAAAACAUUGACAGUCCAUGUGGGAUCUACUGAAUUUCUUCUAUCGAUUCUCCCCUUUUUCAAACCGAAAGUGCUUGCGAAUAUUGAAGUUUUAGGAGGAGGAGACACUGAAGAUUGUGCAUCAAAACACGGAGCGGAAAGAGUCAAAAAAAUCUCGAGUCUGGAGCAAUGGAAGCAAGCGGAGCAACUCACUAUUGGAUAUUAUUUCGGUUUCUUCCCAUCCGAAUUUCUAAUGCAUUUCAAACGUUUUGUGAUUUACAAGUGGCAUGUCGACGAGGUUUUUCUGAUGAAUCUCAGAGAUUUAUUCUCCAAAUCGACCAACUUCGAGUCAUGCACCGUCGAAUCAGAUCUCGACGACUGCCCUAAAUUCCUCGAAUCGUUCUGUGAAAAAGUGGGAUCUGGAAGAAAAGGGAUCUAUUGCUACAAGAUUCCUGACGAUUCGAACAAGAUGUUGGAAUUCAAAUUGUAUGGUUGCCAAAUGAUUAUCGAGAAGAAGAAUUUCUGA